AUGCCGUACCCACCCAGCACUCAGAGGCUGAUUCAGGGCUUACGACCUGGCCACACAUACCUGGUCACGGUGAAGCGUUUGUAUUUUGUCUCCAAAGUGGUGCAGCCGCCAACCGGCGUGACUCUUGUCUCCACCGGAAAGAGCACGGCUCGAGUGACGUGGGACUCUGUGUAUAAAGUUCUGCUUUAUCAAGUGACCGUGAGCGACAACGAAAAUCCUAGCAACGCACCCGUCAUCAUGAACACAUCGUCCACAACCAUGGAUAUCAGUAAUCUAGAACCCUGCUCCACCUACACCGUGGGGGUAUCGUCGGUCAACGUGUUCUUAGUACCGGGGGAGGCUUCCAAUGUCACGCACACGACAUCCACCAUAAAUCCCGUGACAUCCCUCACGGUGGUCUACAGCUGCUCCAGCGGUAUGGUGACGGUAACGUGGGAUUUGGUGUUUGGCGCCAACUUGUACCGAGCCACGGCUGUCGACGGCACCGGUGCGUCACUCAACUGUACAUCAGCCUCCGACAGCUGCCAGGUCACCAUGCUCAAGUGCGGCGAGCAGUACAGAGUGCACGUCACAGCAAUCUCGGACGACUGCGAGAGCAUCGCCAACACCUCCACCGUGUUCGAGACGGUGCCCUGCGCACCAGCUCACACUCUGACCAACCACGAUUGCUCAAGCAAUGUGAUCCUCUUUAGCUGGGAGCCAACCAACAACACUUUUUACUACGUGGCCACGGCUGAAGACAACCAUGGCCAAAUGACUGAGUGCCGGACACAAGACAGCGCCUGCUUCUUCACCAAUACAGGCUGUGGUCAAUUCUACACAUACACCGUGUAUGCUGUCAGCUCCGAAUGCAACAGCGAAGUUAGCCAACCUGAGUUCGUGCGAACCUCUCCCUGUCUUCCUGCAAAUGUACAGACGGCAGCAGAAUGUCACUCCGAAACCCUGAUUACUACCUGGGACUCCGCCGCAGGAGCUCUGUCCUACACUAUCGAAGCACAGGGCAACACGGGAGAAACCUACAACUGCACCUCCUCGUCCAACAGCUGUGCAGUGACCGGCGUGCCUUGCGGGGAACACCUCAGCGUGUGGAUCGUCGCCUCCAAUGACAACUGCUCCACCGACAGGGUUCUGGGAGAGGUGGCGCAGACUGUUCCUUGCACCCCCACCAUUGUGUCAGCAUCAGCCAACUGCAGCCAAGACUCAGCAACAAUCACCUGGACGACAAGCAUCGGUGCCAUAUUUUACACCGCAGUCGUUCAGGAUAUGGAUGGAAAUUUGCAUGGCUGUAGUUCAGCCGCCACCGAAUGCUUGGUGGGAGACCUGACAUGUGGACGGAAUUACACGGCCCACAUCAUUGGAUCCAAUUUCAAAUGUAACAGCAGUGACAGCGAUGAGAUUGCAUUUCGUACAGCACCUUGUCCUCCUGAUAACGUCGAAGCAUUCAGAGACUGUGACGCCAACCACGCUCUGAUAGUCUGGCAGAAUCACCGGUCCACAGGCAACUACACGGCGACCAUCGAGGAUCCGAGUGGAGCUCAACUCACGUGCAACAGUGAGACUGUCAACAACUGCAAAAUCCCCGAUUUGCCAUGUGGGAAGACAUACAACGUUACUGUCACUAACAAUGAUGGAACCUGCCAUUCUAUAUCGACAUCAGUCAGCAUGGACUCAGUACCAUGUGGCCCAGAGGAUGUUGAAGCGGUCAUGAAUUGCCCUACAGGCGAGCUGACAAUGACCUGGAGCAACUCCGUCCCUGCGGACAACUACACGGCCACCAUUUCCAGGGGGUUGGGUCAGCCUCUAUACUGCAACUCCACAGAGACUCAGUGCACCAGAGGAGGGUUAGCUUGUGGCAGCACUUACUCUGUGACCAUUGCAGCGGUCACCGGGACAUGUUACAGUCUGCCCAGUACCGAGGCCAUCGUGCAAACAAUGCCGUGCCCUCCUACGCCCGUCAUUGCUGUGGAAACAUGCGGACCAGGUCCCGUUCCUGUCUCUUGGGUGGCCAGUGACAGUGCCAAUUCUUACACUGCCAUUGCUGUGAGCAGUGCAGGCUAUACCUCAGCAUGCACCACCAAUGAAACAUCGUGCAACUUUUAUAACCUUAUGUGCGGCCAAGUUUACAACAUCACUGUGGCAGGAGUGGACAACAACUGCACAGGACUCUAUGGAGAUGCUGUGCCACUGUACACCGAGCCAUGCAUCCCCACCAACGUGUCCAGCCAGCUGGACUGUGCGGCUAGCAUCUCUCAUGUAUUCUGGAACUCUGAUCCAAAUGCUGCCAGCUACACUGUGACAGCCACCAAUACAGAGCAGAUGCGCACCUGCGUCAGCACUACACCCAACUGUACACUAACAAACUUGCUCUGUGACCAAACUUAUGACAUUUCUGUGACGGCCACCGAUGGCAUCUGUGUCAGCAGCGAGAGCGCCUCAAUCUGGCAAGCACCAGUACCGUGUGCGCCUGGGGAUGUCAACACCACUUUCUCCUGCAACACCAAUGACCUCAUGGUCAGCUGGAGAAACUCUUCUUGGCCACUAAACUACAGCAUCGCCGCCACUCCCCUCUCUGGAAAUUUGACAUCAGCCACCUGCUACACGGACAGCACUGACUGUAGUCUGAGUGGCCUUCACUGUGGACAGGCUUACAAUGUUUCCGUAAGAGGUUGCUUUGGAGAUUGCCCCGGACCGUAUAGUGUCCCACAGACCAUCAUGACAGCUCCAUGUGCACCUCAAAACUUGGAAGCGAUGACAGACUGUAGCACACACUCCAUCUGGGCCUCUUGGAAUGCUUCUUCGGGGGCUACCUCCUACACAGCGACUAUGACGGGACCAAAUGGCUUCUUUGAAACGUGUUCGACAUCGAACCUCAUGUGUUCUUUUAGUAAUCUACAGUGUGCAACACAAUACAGUGUUAACGUCACAGCUCAUGAUGACUACUGCACCAGCCCCUCCGCUCGGAUAACAAUGACCACUGUGUGGUUCUGA